GCUGGAGGUGUUUUAAAUAAUGCGUUACAGUACUGUACUGCAGCAUUUGAGGAAAUCUCUUACUUGUUUUCAUUCUUUUCAUUUUCUUAAAAGACCUGACUUAGUCUACGUUACUCACUUAGCUAAAAUAGGACUCACUAACCUAUCUUGCCCAAACGCAUUGUCCGAUGCUGAAUACGAGCGUGUAUCUACGAAAACUUUGGAGUUACUAGCAGACUCUUUUGAACAACUUCCAGAACGCUUUGCGUUAAACAAAGAAUAUGAUGUCGAACACGCCUAUGGUGUCUUGAAGGUCACUUUUGGUCCUCAAGUUGGGACUUAUAUUAUUAAUCGUCAGGCCCCAAACAAGCAGUUAUGGCUUUCUUCUCCUCAAAGUGGCCCUAAACGUUACGAUUAUAUCCCAUCGAUGGGUUUGUGGAUCUAUAAACAUGAUGGCAAAUCUCUUCACUCUCUUCUCAGCGAAGAGGUCUCCGCCAUCGUAGGUGGCUCUGUAGAGUUUCAAAACUGAAGCCUGCUUUUCGGCUGGUCAUAUAUUAUUCUGAUAUAUAUUUACACGCUUAGAAAAUACUUUCACUGGACCUACCAAACUCAGUAAAUCAAUGUUUGUGUGAGUUCAGCCAUGUUGUACAUAUAAAUUACAAUCUUCAUUUCUUCCGAAAUGAUCCAAUUUUGAAACUUGUACUUAUUUUUUUUCCUGUAUUUUCGAAAUUCAUAUGAUCUGUCAGCGACUCAAUCAUAAAAGUAUGUGAAUGG